AUGUCGAAAUCCAGAAACAACAAACGCCGCGAGUCCAAGCAACGCCACGAGACACGCCAGGACGAUCUGGAGGAGAAUGAUCAUGAGGCAGCGAAAGUAGGGGGCAUGAACGCAGAUUCGGAUGAAGACUCAACGAUGACAGAGCCUCUAUCAGACGAAGAAGAGCAGGAUGAUGUCGAGGAUGAGGCAUCAACAGAUGGGGUGGCAGAUGGGCUAGAUCAAGAAGUACCUCAGGCAUUGCAAGAAGAAGACCGCCUAGUACGCCAGCUCGAGGGCUUUGAUGGUAUAGACGGAGAGCAAGAGAACAUGCAGACUGAUACCAAUAUCAGCAGCAAUGGAGGCGACAGCGGAGACGACGGUGAGGAUACCACUGAGCCUGCCACUGCUCCUGUUUCAUCUAAGGCUCAUCAACGAGCACAAGCACUUGCGGCCAUUAGGAAAAACUGGAACAUCGAACACGUUCACGACAUCCUGACCGAAGAGACAUGGCUGACAGGACCACUCAAACUCCAACACGUCAGCGACGACACUUGGGAAUUAGCAACUCUUCUCAAGUUCCAGCAGCUGUCUGAACAGACGAAAGCUAUGAACAAGAAGAUGAAGGAGCAGUUCGUCCUGUUCUGGGAUAAAAGGAGGCACACGGGAGGAAAUCGGAAGAUUGGUAGAACGGGGGAAGAAAAAGAAGUAAAUUUGCGCGACGAUAUAAGAAGACUAUUCAAAGGAGACAGAAUAGACCCAGAGACCCAUAAAGAGACGAUAGUGAAAGCGAAAAACGACGGGAAUAGGUCAGGAUCCAAGAAGCGAAAAAGUGCCGGAGCCAUGAAACGCAACGGAGAAGGCGAACCAGAACAAGAGGUUGACGACAACGGUUUUAUGAAGAACGAGAGCAAAAGGCCAAGAAAGAAUGAGCAGCAGCCUGGGAUCCAAGGACCACAGAUCAAGACCCGUAGUUCAACACAGCGAGAUAUGACCCUUGAUCUUAUCUACAGGAACUGGAACAUCGCUUCACUUCUCGACCUCAUACCAUCACGCUUGACUCCAGCGGGCGUGAGGAGUGAUGCUGAUUUCGAUAGCGCGAUCGUCGCGGGUCUUCUUGUUCUAUCCAAUCUUACAAACACACAAGAGCGCCGUACUGCAGUUAGGCAAGAGUUUGAAAACGCGAUCGGCUGGUCGUCAAGGCCUAGUGUAGAUAAUGUGCUCUCUCUCAUUGCAAGAAUUAUUGCGCGAUUCCGUCCAACAGAACAACCCGAGAGCAACAUCGAUGGAAGACCACUAUUUCAGAGUCCAAUCAAUCAGACACUGGGAGAGGUAGCCGCAUCGAAUCUCGGAGCGCAGGCAAGGGUAGAAGCUGCCCAAGAAACGCAUCGACAACGACCACUUCUCCCAGCUCACCCACGUGUCGACACCGUCGCUGAGCCUCUUGCCACCGAAUCGGGGCUACGAAGAGCCCUGGACGAGCUAGACACUAGUGAUGCUGAAAUUUUGGUCAGGCAAGGCAGACGCAGGCUCGCGUAUUUCCGUAGUAUUGGUGUGUCUACAGAGGAAGAUGAGAUGCAGCUGGAAGUUGUGAUAAGUCUGCGGGAUCACGCUACAUACUCGGCAAGGACUGACUACUUGCUAAGACGUUUACAAGAACAACGGCGAGGAGCGCGGAAUGGCGAGCUGGCUACUACUGGGCAGCGUGAACAGGACAUGCGAGGAGGGGAUGCAGAACAAGAGGGAAGAGACAGUGGUGAUAAAGAGAACGGAGAGGGUAAAGGGGGUGACGUGGAUGGCAAUGCUGAAGGCAACGGAGAUAAAUAG